CCGAUCCGUUGCUUGUAUAUGGUCCGCCUCUCCGCCGUCUCACAAAGUCACCGCCGCAGCCGCACUCGCCGAGCCGCCCACUCUUUACACCGGUGGAUCUGAUGGCUCCAUCGUCUGGUGGAACAUCUCUGCCACCGAUUCUAAUCAGAAACAGGGGAAAAAAAGAAAAAUAAGGAUACUCCACGGUGUAUGAUGCUGUUUUUAUCAAGUUCAGGCAAAACUAAUGUCUUCUACUGAUGAAAUUAAUCCAGUUGCUAUGCUAUGUGGUCAUGCUGCCCCAAUAGCUGAUCUUGGGAUUUGUCUUCCAGCAGUAAAUUUUGGAGAUGUAAGGAUUGACUAUUCAAGUAGUCUCGCGGGCAAUUCUAGUUCGGCUGAUUAUGCUGCGUUAAUCAGUGUGUGUACUGAUGGUCUAUUGUGCGUUUGGAGUAGAGGUAGUGGACUUUGCAGGCGCAGAAGGAAAAUGCCGCCAUGGGUGGGGAGUCCCUCUGUGAUCCAAGCAUUGCCGGAAAACCCAAGAUAUGUUUGUAUUGGUUGUUGUUCCUUUGAUGCUGUUCAUUUAGGUGAUCACCAGUCACCUGGUUCCGCUGAAGAGGCUGAAGCUUCAACUGACAGAGAUCCUCAAUACCGAAAACAUUCCAGGUGCACAAUUGUAAUUGUUGAUUCGUAUACUCUUACUAUUGUCCAAACCAUUUUUCACGGGAACUUAUCUAUUGGCCCACUAAGAUUCAUGGCUAUAAUUUCACCAGUUGAAGAUAUGGGAAAGCAAUCAGUGCUCCUUGUUGAUUCAUAUGGGAAGCUACAAUUUGUUCCAAUAGUGAAGGAGCCCAACUCAGAAGGGGAAAAUGGAACAGCUUUGGAAAAAAAGCCUUAUAACUUGGAAAUGACUGAUUGGUCUGAGGGUUCAAGCAAGGGGUUACAGGUUGUGACUUUUGCUACCAGCAGACAGGUUUUAGCUCAUGUAUAUAGAACCUACUGCAUAUUUAGUUUAGUUUCCAGUGGUACUAAAAUUGGAGAGAUUUCUUUCGUUAAUAGUCAACUUUGUCCUGAAGAUGUUUCUGCUCAAUCACAUGUUAUAGGGGGCAUGUUUCUCGAGAGUGGUAGCAAUAGGAUGGUAAUGGAAAACCUGGAAUCCUGUGAUAGGUUUGACGAACACUUUUCUGUUUGGAAUAAUAGCGGUUUUGCAGUUGUGUAUAGAAUAACACAUAUGGAGAACAUUUUCAGUUACAAUCUUCUAUCUGUGAUUCCUGCUGUUGCCCACCCCGUUGAUGUGAAAUUGUCAACAUGUUUCAUUCAAUUGAGUACUUAUCUUCUUCGUAUUGAAUCAAUUUGCAUUCAUGUGGAAGAACCUUCUCUGUGGAAGCCCCAUGUCACAGCCUGGUUACUGCCUCAGCAAGAUGAUAACAAAUUGAAUUUGCUCCAAAGUUGCAAAAUGCUUGGAGAAGGCAGUUUUUUUGCUGACUGGACCACAAAUUCCAUUUCUCAAAGUGUUACUGAGGAGGGCCUCACAAGUGAUGCUGGCAUCAGACUGGGAGGCACAAGGGCUCGGUUCUCCGAAAAAAACUGUAAUGUAGAUGACAUACUUGAAAUGGAUGAAUGUAUUAUGUUUUCUCAAGACAGAUGCUUUGUCACUUCUUCAAUGGUAAUUUCGGAGUCCUCCUGUUCUCCUUAUGCUGUUGUGUAUGGGUUUCAAAGUGGUGAAAUACAGGUUGCACGUUUUAACAUCUCUUCUGAGGAUUCAUACAGUAGAAUUCAACUUCAUGAAGACAAUCCAAAUGUGUCAAAACAAUAUUUUUUAGGUCACACUGGUGCUGUAUUGUGUUUGGCUGCGCAUUGGAUGGUUGGUAUUGCCAAGGGAUGGAGUUUCAGUCGGGUUUUAAUUUCUGGCAGUAUGGACUGUACGAUUCGCAUAUGGAAUCUUGAUUCUGGGGAUGUUAUCACUGUGAUGCACCAUCACAUAGCUCCAGUACGCCAAAUAAUUCUUCCCCCACCUCAAACUGACCGGCCAUGGAAUGACUGCUUUCUUUCUGUUGGGGAGGACUUUUGUGUCACUCUUGUUUCUCUUGAAACUUUGCGUCUGGAGAGAAUGUUCCCUGGACACCCAUUCUAUCCUGCAAAAGUUGUGUGGGAUAGUGGUAGAGGUUAUCUAGCUUGUCUUUGCCAGAACCAUUUAGGUAGAUCUGAUGUACAUGAUGUUUUAUGCAUUUGGGAUGUCAAGACUGGUGCUCGUGAACGUGUUCUCCAUGGGACAGCUUCUCAUUCAAUGUUUGAUCAUUUCUGCAAAGGCAUUAACAUGAAUUCUGUAUCUGAAGGUUUAUUGAAUGGAAAUACUUCAGCUUCCUCAUUACUUCUUCCUGUAGUUGAAGACGCUAACCUUUCACAAUCUCAUUCCAAAAAGUUAAGCAAGGGGGCCUCUUCAUCAAAUGUGUUCCCAAAUAUAAAAAAUAUGACACAGUCCCAGAUGCAUUCUAGUAAAGGAAAUUCUGGCAAAAUAUCUUCAUCUACACCAUCUAAUCUUCAAAGCAACAGGCAACCUAUCAAUUGCUUUUGCCUCUUCUCUGGAAUUGUGGCUCUAAGUUUUGACCUUGCAGUGCUAUUGCCUUCUUAUCAGAAGCAUGAGAUUUUCAAAGUUGGUGAUGAGAAGCUGGGAAAUGCCUGUGUGGGUGAUCAGGGAGCUCAAAUGCCCAAAGACACUGGUAAAGAGCGAGAUCAAAACUACAAGAAAGAACAUAGGGCUGAGAAAUGUAGCCCACAAAAUGUGAUGGUCGAUCAAAUAAUACUUGAUGGCUCUGAUUUACAUGGGACCUCAGCUGAUACUGCAGCGGAUGGCGACUGGGUUUCAUCAUCUGAAGGAUGUUUAUUAAAACUUAGCUUGUCGUUGUUACACUUGUGGGGUGUUGAUAUUGCACUUGAUAAGGUUCUCACUACUGAAAUGAAACUAAAGAGGCCUAAGGAUUUCCUUCUAGCUUCUGGUUUACAAGGGGACAGAGGAUCUUUGACAUUGACAUUUCCUAGUUUAAGGGCCACUCUAGAGCUUUGGAGAUCAUCAUCAGAGUUCUCUGCAUUGAGGUCGCUAACCAUGGUUUCGCUAGCCCAGCGCACAGUUAGCUUGUCUCAUUCCUGUUCAGCUGCUGGCAGUGCUUUGGCUGCAUUUUAUACUAGGAAUAUUUUGGAGAAAGUGUCAGAUUUGAAGCCACCUUCACUCCAGUUAUUAGUAAGUUUUUGGCAGGAUGGAAGUGAACAUGUAAGAAUGGCUUCACGGUCUUUAUUCCAUUGUGCUGCUUCGCGAGCUAUUCCACUACCCCUAUGCAGUCAAAAGGCAAAUGUCCACGAAAGUUUUCUGUCCUCCCCACAUGGAACUGAAGUAAAUAAAAAUAAAAUAUCAAACACAGAAAAAGCAUCCAGAAACAGUUUGAAAUCUGAUGGCGAGCUGGAAUCACAAGGGGUCUCUCAGGAUGAGGAAUCUGAAGUAAAGGCAUGGCUAGAAUCAUUUGAAGUGCAAGACUGGAUUUGUUGUGUAGGGGGAACCAGUCAAGAUGCGAUGACAUCUCAUAUCAUUGUUGCUGCAGCAUUGGCCGUUUGGUAUCCUAGCCUUGUCAAACCUAGGCUUGCCAUGCUGGUUGUUCAGCAACUGGUAAAGUUAGUCAUGGCAAUGAAUGAUAAAUACAGUUCCACUGCCGCUGAGCUUCUGGCGGAAGGUAUGGAGAGCACAUGGAAGGCAUGUAUUGCUUCUGAAAUACCUCGUCUACUUGGUGAUAUAUUUUUCCAAGUAGAAUGUGUUACUGGUGUUCCCGGUAAUUCAUCGGCACAGAAUCCAGCUGUACCUGUUAAUUUUCAGGAGACUUUGAUCAAGAUUCUUCUUCCAAGUGUAGCAGCAGCAGAUAUUCCUGGGUUUCUAAAUGUGGUAGAAAGUCAGAUUUGGUCAACAGCAUCUGAUUCUCCUGUUCAUGUAGUUUCUUUAGUGACUCUUAUAAGGAUCAUUCGUGCUACCCCAAGACACUUAGUUCAAUAUCUAGAUAAGGUGGUUAGCUUCAUUUUACAGACCAUGGAUCCUAGCAACUCUGUGAUGCGCAAAACUUGCCUUCAAAGUUCAAGGGUAGCACUGAAGGAAGCUGUACGUGUAUUCCCUAUGGUUGCCCUGAAUGACACGUCAACACGAUUGGCUGUUGGGGAUGCUAUUGGGGAGGUUAACAAUGCUAGCAUCCGGGUGUAUGACAUGCAAAGCAUGACAAAAGUAAAAGUUUUGGAUGCAAGUGGGCCUCCAGGACUUCCAAGUCUGCUUGAAAGAGCUUCAGAAAUGGUAGCAAUCACUGCAAUUUCAGCUCUAAGUUUUUCACCAGAAGGAGAGGGGUUAGUUGCUUUUUCUGAGCAUGGAUUGAUGAUCAGAUGGUGGUCACUAGGGUCUGCAUGGUGGGAGAAACUUAGCCGGAAUCCUGUCCCUGUCCAAUGCACCAAACUGAUUUUUGUUCCCCCAUGGGAAGGAUUCUCGCCUAAUGCUACCAGGUCAAGCAUAAUGGCAAGCACAGAGGAGCAUGAUCCACAGGCCAUUACAAAGGAGAAUACAGGAGCAUUGAGUCAAAUGGACAGGUUGAAACUUUUGAUUCAUAAUCUGGAUCUCUCAUAUCGACUAGAAUGGGUUGGUGAGAGAAAAGUACUCUUAAUGAAGCAUGGCCAAGAGUUAGGUACAUUUCAGUUGUAGGAAUCCGGAUCCUGGUUUGGCAGAAUUUCUUCAUGGCUGGUAGAAAUUAUUAAUGAUCCGUUUAAUUCUGAAAUUAUGCAAGGCUUCCAUCCUGCCGUUUUCAUUUCAGAAUUAAACGAUUCUGAGCUUCUAUCCUGCCGUUUUCAUUUCUUUCUAAUGGUGGGGUGUCAGUGCAGCAGUAAUGACUUCAAUCUCCUUGAUCCGUAUUUGUUUCAGCGAGUUCUAAUUUAACCUUGGCGUGCUGGGUUAUUCAUUCAGUUCACUUUAUUCCUCUCAAGUAUUGAGCCGCUUAAUUUGCAAACUAAGCAAAGAGCUCAACUGUUAUACUCUCUCUCUCUCUCUCUCUCUCUCUCUCUCUCUCAAGGGGGUUUGGUUCCAUUGAUCUUCUGGUGUUAUAUUUCAGUUUAUUCUUUGAUGAAAAUUGGUUCUCUCAAAGGAAUUCUGGCUCAACUGAAACAGGGAGUCAAAUGAAUUUGUACCAUCUUUCUGUACAGUUCUGAAGUUUUGAGUUCUAUGGUUCUGCUUCUGGUAUUUUGUUCAAUCUAUGUACGCCUAUUCAUCUCACCCAAUGAGAUUAAAGCUUUAUAUUUUGUUUAUAUAGGUUUGUACAUCUUUUAUAUCAGCAAUAUGCUAUUUUUUUAUUUUAACUCCUCCCCAAGUUCUUUUA